ACCUCGGCUGGGGAGGCUCGGCAGCGGCGCGAGAAGCAGUGUGUGUCGGGGACGGUGUCAGCGUGUCAGUCGCCGUCCGUGUGUGUAUCGGCGUGUGUGUGUCGGUGCGAACGUGUGCCCGAUGGACGCGGGAGCGACGCGCUCGGCGGCUACGCCUACGGGCUCCUUCGGGGCCGGGCGCGCUGGCGGUGCCUUCGACCCGGUCUCCUUCAUCCGACAGCCGCAGACCAUCCUCCGGGUGCUGGCCUGGAUCUUCUCCAUGGUGGUGUUUGGCUCCAUUGUCAACGAGGGCUACGUCAACAACGGGAGCGAACGUCUGCACUGCAUCUUCAACAAGAACUACGACGCCUGCAACUACGGAAUCGCCGUGGGAGUCAUCGCCUUCCUGGCCAGCAUCUUCUUCUUCGCCCUGGACGUUUAUUUCCCGCAGAUUAGCAGCGUGAAGGACAGGAAGAGGGCCGUGCUCGUGGAGAUUGCUUUCUCAGGCCUUUGGACGUUCCUCUGGUUUGUCGGCUUCUGCUUCCUGGCCAAUCAGUGGCAGCGCACUUCGCCCAAGGAACUGCCGCUGGCACAGGGUGCAGAUGCAGCACGGGCUGCCAUAGCCUUCUCCUUCUUCUCCAUCAUCACCUGGGCUGGUCUGACCGUGAGGGCCGUCCAGCGGUACCUGCUCGGCACGGACAUGAGCCUCUUCGCCACGGACCACCUGGACAGCAAGCCCGAGCCCCAGCCCCACCCGGGCAACGGCGCCGUGGAGGCCCCGGACAUCUACAAGACCCCCCCCUUCACCACCAACACCACCACCACCACCACCAUCACUAACCCGGAGAACACCCCCAGGGACUACCAGGUGCCCACCUACUAGCAAAGCCCUUCCCCCAGCCACAGAAAAAGCCGGGAGGAAACGCGUCCGUGACACGUGUGCUGUGUG